UACCUCGUUUUUGUGUGUGCGUGUUUAAUAACGCCCCGGCCAGAUUUGUGUCUGGACGCCUCUGUUUCAGCACUAUCUCGAUAUGCUAGCCUUGAGCUGCCUGCUACACUGACAAGUUUCUGCGAUAUAGCCGAGAGUGGCUACGCGAGCGAGCAUCACAGCCUGAUAGCCUGCUGCUACCCCGGGAGAGGCGAUGAUGGCGGCGGCCGUAGAGAGAGGAGGAGUGCGGGCCGCUUUCCUGAACCCAGGUAGCGGCGGCGGGAUCGGUGGACCACCCCCGGCACCUAUGCCCUCUGCUCCCGGAGCCGCGGUUGGAGCGGGAGGCAUGGGUUCGAAUUCGGGUGGGUCGGAUGGUCCCAUGCCCGUGCCUAUGAAUCUUUUUGCGACAUGGGAAAUAGACCGCUCUUCUCCGAGUUGUGUUCCAAGAUUGUGCAGCCUGACCCUCAAGAAGCUGAUUGUCCUCAAAGAAUUGGACCGAGAGCUUAGCUCCGUGGUGAUUGCUGUCAAAAUACAGGGCUCCAAGCGCAUCUUGAGGUCCAACGAGUAUGUCCUUCCUCCAGAUGGACUGAUGGAGACUGACCUUGAGCUGACCUUCUCACUCCAGUAUCCCCACUUCCUCAAAAGGGACGCCAACCGAUUGCAGAUCAUGCUGCAGAGGAGGAAGCGAUAUAAAAACCGCACCAUCCUGGGGUAUAAGACCUUAGCUGUGGGCGUCAUCAAUAUGGCAGAGGUGAUGCAGCAUCCGACAGAUGGAGCCCAGAUCCUGGGUCUCCAUAGCAACGUGAAGGAGGUGCCGGUGCGUGCGGCCGAGCUCAGCGUGUAUUCCCUGUCCAGUCAGCCCAUUGACCAUGAGGACGGCAGCGGGCAGCCAGGGACCAAGGCCAAAGCCUUAGAUCGCUCCCCGGAUAUGGACAACUACUCAGAGGAUGACGACGACAGCUACUCCUCGGAGCAGGAAGCUAGCGACGAUGCUGUUCAACCAGUGGACCUGUACGAUGAGGAUGAGGAUGUGCAAAGGAAGCCAAAGAAAAACCGGAGGAAAAUGAUUCGUACAACAUCCAUGACAAGGCAACCCAAUUUCAAACAGAAGUUUGUGGCCCUGUUGAAGAGAUUCAAAGUGACGGAUGAGGUUCUGGACUCGGACCCAGUGGACCAGACCCAGGAGGUGGAGGAGGAUCUGGACCUGCUCUAUGAUAGUCUGGAGGUUUACAACCAGAGUGACAGCGGCCCUGAGAUGGAGGACAACGAGAGUGUCCUCAGCACGCCCAAACCCAAACUCAAGCCCUUCUUUGAGGGAAUGUCCCAUUCGAGCUCCCAGACUGAGAUUGGGAGUCUACACAGUCAGAAGAGCCAGCCCAGGGACCUGGCCAGCAUCGGUGGAGAGCUGCUGUCCCCGGACAGGGCCAAAGUCCAAAUAGGGACCAAGUAUACAGACGACAGCGCCGGAUUGGAGUCUCCUGCAGGGGACGCGGAGGAUGAGGAGACUAGGGCUGGCACAGGGUCAGGGGAGGCUAACCCCACUCCCAUCAGCUGGGACCUGAGCACGGACAAACUGCCCGGCCCAGUGGCCAAACUCUGCAAGACCGAGUCCCAGACACUCAUGUCGCCGAGUAAAACAGAGAACAAGCUGCAGAGGCGUCCUAGGAGCACAUCCAUGAAGGACCGACAGAACUCCAAGGCCCAGAGUGACAGGACCAGCAGCAUCGACAGCGAGACAUCCCCGGAAUCCAGGAUCGCUGUCCAGGUCCCCAGGAAGUCAGUGUAUGACCAGCUAAACCAGAUCCUUAUCUCAGACGAGCAGCUCCCCGAGAGCAUCAUCCUCAUCAACACCACAGACUGGCAGGGCCAGUAUCUAUCUGAGAUUCUCCAUGAGCACAGCCAGCCUAUCGUGUGCACCAUCUCUGGUGCGGAUGUUCAUGCGGCCUUCAACACCAUAGUCACCAGGAUCCAGAGAUUCUGUAACUGCAAUGCCCAGACACCCCCCACCAUCAAAGUGGCAGUGGCCGGAGACCAGAGUUACCUCAGCACCAUCCUCAGGUGCUUCGUGGAGCAGCUGGCCAACAAGACGCCUGAUUGGCUCAGCUACAUCCGCUUCCUGGUCAUCCCUGUUGGCACUCAUCCUCUGGCCAAACACAUGUCUUCGUUCGACAGUAAGUUCAACAACAUCUUCAUGGACGCUGGCUGGAGGGACUUGUUCGGCAGACUGGAGGCCCCAACAUCAGUGUCCAUAGACAACAUUGAUGUAGCAGGCCGCGUGUCUCAGUACCUGGCUGGGGCCAGCGUCUCGCACCAGUGUCCCAUCUCUGAGGCCAUGCUCACCUACAAACAGAAAAGGAAGAGAAGCUUGUAUUUUGAUUUUUACAUCAGCCCUGACGAGGACUCCUGUCAGAAGUUUGUGCCAUUCAUUGGGCUGGUGAAAGUGGGCAUCGUUGAGCACAACCUUUCAACCUCAAUGGACUCUGAUGAUGCUGUGAUGGGGAGCAUCAAUAUGCUGGCCUCCCCUCCCCCCCAGCCGGGACCACCCUACAUGAAGGACCUGACCUGCACCCCGCCCCCCUCCCCCUCCGUCUCAGCCACCCUCGCCGGAGCCGGCUCUCCGGUGACGGGCGGGGAGGUGAUGGGGCUCCAGGUGGACUACUGGGCAUGUCACGGCGUCGACAAGAAGAAGGAAGGCGAGAAGCGAGACGUGGGCAUCAAGAAUACCCUGAAGAGCAACUUCCGCUCGCUGCAGGUGUCCCGCAUCCCCAACGGAGGCGAGCUGACCCCUCCUCCCGGCAUGGCCAUGACCGUUGUCAUGAAGGAGAAGAACAAGAAAGUGAUAUUCCUGAGUAAAAAGCCCAAGGAGAAGGAGGUGGACUCCAAGAGCCAGGUGAUCGAGGGCAUCAGCAGGCUGAUCUGCGCUGCCAAACACCAGCACACCAUGCUGAGAGUGUCCAUUGACGGUGUGGAGUGGAAUGACGUCAAGUUUUUCCAGCUGGCCGCCCAGUGGCCCACUCACGUCAAGCACUUUCCUGUUGGCAUCUUCGGCUACACCAAGCCUGCCAUGUGACAUAUCACUGCCACCUAAACCCAAGUAUGGGUAGCUGCAGCCCAAUAUGGCGACCGGAGUAUGGGCAAGCGGGUGUGUCGAAAGGAGUGGGUGUAUGGAAAGCUAAUCAGCUAAUUGGGAAGAUUUGUUGCCACUCAAGACCGUUUUGCAUGGCUGAUACGAGUCAAUAAGCCACCGACCACUGCAGCGGUUUUGUAUCGAGGUGCCUGCUGACCGGAGGUGCUUCCCACUGGGUAGCCGUGUCACAUAGUCGCCAGCGGUAGCUAACAUGGCAACAACAACAAAAAUCUCCCAUGAUUUUGUUUCCAAUAGGAUAGAAGCCUACAUAAGAAAUAACUAAUAUUGAUAACCAUUGAGAUUUCACAUUGAUACAUACAUACAGUCUACUCAAUGGGCAGGGCAUGAAGGGCAACAACACCUGGACACAGUGUCCUUGCUCCCGCUUUGCCAAGCACCACUGUCCCGGUGUGAGAAGUAGCUAUUUAGUAGCCAAUAUCAGGGUGACAGUCACAGUGAGCAUACGCAUACAAGCAAUAGUACACCCAUCAUCAGUACUUUUAAUUUAAAAAAAUAUAUAAACAAUUGUCAGCGAAAUACGAAUCAAACUCAAGUCCAAACUCUCUCAGUACGAUAGUUGUGUGGUAAGAACCGGAACAAAAAAAACUGCAUCAUCAAAACCGUCUAACCCACUGGUUCUCAAUCCAAAGGGGUGCACCCCCC